AUGUCUCGCGCUACAAGUUCAUAUUACAUCACAGUAUUGAGAAAAGUGUCCUGGGACCCCCUCACAUUAGAAAUACUGUCCGUACAGCCGCGAAAAGCGGGCGGCUUAUUUCACGGUGACGAUCCCGUGCCCCACACGUGUCCACUAACCAUAACGAUACAUAUACCAUUCGAUAAAGCAUUUCUGGCACUACCAGUUCACAUACACAAAGUAUUGAGAAAAGUGUCCUGGGACCCCGUCACAUUAGAAAUACUGUCUGUGAAGCCGUGAAAAGUGGGCGGCUUAUAUCACGGGCACGACCCUGUGCUCAACACUUAUCCACUAACCACGACCAUACAUAUACGAUUCGACAGAGAAUUUCUCGCGCUACAAGUUCAUAUAUACAAAGUAUCGAAAUAACUGUCCUGGGAGCCCUUCACAUGAGAAAUACUGUCUGUAAAACCGUGAAAAGUGGGUGGCUUAUUUCACGGUGACGACCGUGUGCCCCC